AUGUCUUCAACCGAACCUGCACCAACAGGUGGAAUAGAGCCAGUAUCCGAAAAUGCGGAUAACAGUAACACAGAAAUAAUCCAUCGGCCGGAAUAUGAAGAUGAUGCUUUUAAUAGUUCGGAGAAGAAUAAAUCACAUUCGUCACUGGGCAUAGUUCUCCGUCAAAUAUUGAAUACGCUUAAUUGGGUGCCGCCAUCAUGUCGAUACGAUCCUGAGAAUCCGCGAGAAUUUACGUUGGCGUUGAAUUUGUUGUUUGGGUUUGCGGGGACGUUUACUGUUGCGAAUCUGUAUUACUCCCACCCAAUCCUCGACGUCCUCGCUAAAGAAUUCAAGGUUAGUCAGGAACGAGCUAGUAUUAUACCGACAUGUGCUCAAGGAGGAUAUGCAGCUGGUUUAUUGUUCAUAUGUCCCCUGGGUGAUCUGCUAAAACGUCGACCCAUGGUGUUGUGGCUCAUGUUCUUUACGGCGACAAUGACGUUAGGGUUAUGUUUGACUAAGAGCUUUGAUGCUUUUGUGGUGCUUAAUUUUAUCAUGAGUGUCACUACUGUUACGCCGCAAAUCAUGCUCCCCCUUGUCGGCACACUCGCUCCACCAAAUCGACGUGCCACAGCACUGUCAAUAGUGGUAUCCGCCUUAAUGCUAGGCCUGUUAAUGGCACGACUACUUUCCGGUAUCAUUGCCAACUACUCCUCCUGGCGGAACGUGUACUGGAUGUCAUUUGCGCUGCAAUACUCCAUCUUGACAUUACUCUGGAUCUGGAUGCCAGACUACCCACAAUCCAACAAAAAUAUCAGCUAUUUCCGAAUCCUGUUCAGUAUCCUGGAACUUCUCGUCAAGUAUCCUGUUCUUGUACAAGCGUCCCUCAUUGCGUUCUUGAACUCCUCAUGUUUCACCUCCUUCUGGACGACACUGACAUUCUUGCUAUCUGGAGAUCCGUACAAUUACUCAACCGUGAUAAUCGGCCUCUUCGCCCUCUGCGGUAUUGGGACCAUGUUCUUCGGCCCCUUUUUCGCAAACAAAUUCAUCGAUAGAUUCCCCAUCCAUAUUUCCGUGCUUCUCGGAAUUUGCACGUCUUUAAUCGGAAUAGUUAUCGGCACAUAUACUGGUAAAAUUACUAUAGCAGGACCCAUCCUUCAAGCCAUCAUUUUCGAUUUCGGGUCCCAAAUCACUCAAAUCGCCAACCGGACCGCUAUCUAUGGCGUGGCGCCCAAGGCCGCUAAUCGUGUCAAUACGGCGUUUAUGAUAUUCUCGUUUUGUGGUCAGUUAAUGGGUACGGCGGUUGGGAAUAAGCUGUAUGCGCGCGGUGGGUGGAUUAGGUCGGGUAGUGCGAGUGUUGGGUUUAUGGGAGGGUCGGUUAUUAUAUUGUUGCUCAGGGGUCCAAUGGAGACGAGAUGGUUCGGGUGGAGGGGUGGGCUUGGACCGAAUAGGAGGGAUAUUGUUGCUGGGAAGAAUGGGAGUGAUGAAGAGAAGCAACAACAGCAACAAAAUUCGGGGGUUGGGCAGAGUGAUUCGGAAAAAACGGUUGUUGGUGAUGGUGAUGAGAUUGUGCGAAGCAGAGAUUCGAGAUUACAGUCAAAGGAAGUUAUUCAUCUGUAUAACGAAGAGCAGGAACAGAAAGAUGAUCGAACAGAGAUAAGAGAAGAGAAGGACGUGGAAGAUAGAUGAUGAGCUGAAGCUUCGAUGACGAACAUAGGGGAUAGUCAUGAGGAAGAA